AUGGGUCGCUAUCGACCCCCAUCCUCUACCGAUCCCUCUCUUGGUUCGUCCUCAAGCCGCCCGGCCAAACGCCAGAAACCGUCGCAACCACCCACGAUCCGCUUCGAGAUGCCCUACCACGUCUGGUGCACCACAUGCCCCCAGCCGACGCUCAUCCCGCAAGGCGUGCGCUUCAACGCGACCAAGAAAGCGGCAGGCAAAUACCACACGACGACAAUAUGGGAAUUCCGGUUCAAACACACCGAGUGCGGCGGGGAGGUGGUCAUGCAGACCGAUCCCAAGAACACGGCGUACGUCGUGCUCUCGGGCGGCACGAAGAGGGAAUAUGGCGAGGACGAGUCGGGCGUGGCGCCGAUUAUGACGGACCAAGAAAAGGAGGCCCUGCGAAAGAAUGCGUUUGCCAAGCUGGAACGAACGAUCAGCGACCGGGAGGCGCUCAUCCAAGCCAACGACCGCAUCGAGGAUCUCUUGGACGAUUCAUACAAGUUUCGACAUGACACGUACUCCCAAAAUCAAAAGCUACGGAAGUCUUUUCGCGCUGGCCGCCACGAUCGGGAACGAAUGGCCAAAGACACAGAGGCCCUGCAGGACAGGAUGAACUUUGGUCUAGACGUCCUACCUGAGAGUGAGGAAGACAAAAGGAGAGCAGCCUUGGUGGAUUUCGCGGCCAAAGAGACACAGUCUGCCAUGGCCAAGCCCAUGUUCGCAAGUGCGGCGGCAGUCAAGCAGCUCGAGCAGCCGGAACGACUUUUGAAGCGGGACAAGGAGGCGAAUACAAGGAAGAGUGGAUUUGUCAAGGAACUGAUGGGCAACACCCGGGCUGUUCACGACCCUUUCCUUGCGGACGGCAAAGGAGAGAAGACGGGUGCCAGGAUCGCAGGCGUCAAAAGGAAACAGGAUUUGGCCAGCAGGGAAGAUGGUGUUCCGCCCGUCAAGGCGCAGGAACCGACCAGUGGGCUGGUUGAUUAUGACUCAGACUGA